AUGGCAGGCUUGCCAGCUGGAUUGGAAGGUGGAUCGUCGGAUGAGCAACAACAACAGCAACAACAACAGCGAGCGCAGAUGGAGGAGCAGAAGCGAACGAUGCUCAGCACCGUGUUGGAUCACGAGGCCCGAGAGAGGUUGUCCCGCAUCAACCUAGUCAAACCUGAGAAAGCUCGAGCUAUCCAAGAUCUCAUCCUGCGAAUGGCACAGUCGGGUCAGGUCAGGCAGAGGAUAACGGAACCUCAGCUGAUCGGAUUGUUGGAGCAGAUCGAGAGCCAAGGCAGGGGAGGAUCGGGCAGCGGAGGUGGGCCAGGCAAGAUCACUGUGAGUUCGCGGGGCUGCAAAGCGUUGGGGUCUGCGAUUGCAAAGCGAGCAGAGAAGACGAUGCUGAGCGUUUGUGGGAGCAAGCAUUCAAGACGUCGUUACGAGCUACGCGGCUUGAGCACAGGACCUGAUUGAGCUUGCUAACACUUAAUCUUUGGCACUGGCUACUCCAUUCUCAAUUCCAGUUCAC